AUUUUCCUCAACAGGAACCGAACUGUGAUUGAAAUUUCCGGGAUGAUGCCUUAGCUUUCAUUGGGCUUGACUGCAUGAAUAAUGCUUACUGAUUCCGCUUAAAGUUCGAAACCACUUGUCUACUAAUCAAUUACUUUGCGCGUCACAAAAGAAGCUUUUCUCAACUUGUGUUUUACCUCACGCAUCAAUACAUACUUAUAUAUUGCUCCAGGAGUAGGCUUUAUUCAUUCUGGACCAGAAGCAAACUAACAUUAUGUUCCUAGAACAAAUUUGCCCCGGGCAAGUCAAUUCCCAUCCUCAGGCACUCCAUACUUUUGUGUUUGAAGAUGACAGAUUUAUUGUUUAUGCUACUGGCUCAAAAGUAGUUAUCUAUAUUGAUCCUGACAAUCUUGCACAAGUCAUUACUGCUUCUUCUUUAUUCACUGAACAACAACCUUUUGUGCCUAUCACUGCAGUCUGUGGAAAUAGUAAAACUGGGGAAAUAGCAGUUUCGUAUUCGAACGAAAUAGCUGUUUUAAAGCCAUUUAAGCAAGAAAAUGGAAUCAAAUGGGUGUUAAGCACAAUACUAGACAGUUCUUGUCUCGUAACAUGCUUAGAUUGGAGUCUUCACAACUUUUUAUUAUGUGCUGGAGAAGAAAUACUAUUAUUCAGCUAUAAUGAUGCGAUGAAUAGUUGGAACAAAAUAUUUAAAAGAAAACCUGCCACAAAUAUUGUAUUGGCAAAAUUUGAACCUCAAUCCAAUGUUUUCGCAACGAUAGGAAAAGUAGGUUUCAUCGUACACUCAUAUAUUGCGUGUAUCAUGCGUACAUAGAGCCCUUAUUUAACUGACUGAUUUUAAAAGUUUGAUCGGCAAGUGACAGUAUGGUAUCCAAAUCACGACGGUAACGAUGACUGUAUCAACUAUAAU